ACGACUCGAGAGGAGAGCGUCGAGAGUCGUUGGCGGGCCCCACAGACCUUUCGACAGGAAGCAGGGCCCGCUCCAGCGCAACGGGAUAGCUUCUCCCCGUUGCGGGAAUGUUUUAUGGCAUCGAAGGAGAGAGGUCGGUCGAUCGACGACCUGCUCGCUCUGCUUUCUGGAUCUGUGCAGCGUGGGGCAAUUUGCUCAUCGGCAGCAUUCUCUUAGGUCGUACGAUUGUCAUCGAUAAGAUGGGGAUCUUCUGGAGGUGGUAAUCUGAACCCUUAACUCUUGGAGGCAUUUCGUAGUUCCUUGGAUCGUGGAGAGCAAGGAACUGUCAGGAAGGAGGAAUAUAUGCUUUCGUCCUCUUUGUGGUGGCCUGGCUCUCUACGGAUGGAUGAGAGGCAUAAGGCGCAUUGAAGAGCGGCUGCUGCUUCAGUGUGUUCUAUGGGAGAGGUGAAGAGUUUUUCCCUGCCACUGUAGCCCCUCACAGACCGGUUGGGAUAGAAAAUUAGGGACACAAGUGCUUGGACAAGGAGAAUGCAGUAGUAGUAAGACAUAAGAUAACAUCAUCAAACCACAUUGAUUGAAAGUGUCUGACUGAAUUGAACGAUGGCGAGCCGGAAUAGGAUGAACUUUGCUAGCCAGAAUAAUGGCAACUAUCAAGGAUACUCUUCAUUCGAAGGGGGUCCCCAGCAACUUGGGGCUGUGAACCCUAGAGGGCUGGGUUUGGGCGGUGGUGGGAGGAGAACCACGGAACUUUCCGGUCCAAGGAGAAUGUUACAACAGGCUCCUCAUUAUGCAGUCAUGGACAGUAGAGUUGUAUCUAACAGAAGUGCCGUCGGUAUGGCCAGAUCUGGCCUCAUGCCAACUUCUGGAGCAGAGAUAUUUGUGAACAAUCAUGGUCAGCACCUCGGUGGUAGAUCUCAUUCUUACAGUGAGGGUGGUGAUUUAGUGCCUGGAGGAGAUAAUCAGUUUUCAAGCUCAUCCUUGAGAGGGCCCAAUAGUAGUUCUCUGUACGAGAAUUAUGGCCUUCUUCCCCACGAGCAGGUUCAGCUUGCAGAUGGACCUAUAAGAACGAUGUAUCCAGGUCCCGAAGCUCUCAAUAGAGGACAUUCUGACGUCGGGAUGGGUUUGGGUGGAAGACUGUCCGGUGAGUUGGUAGGGAAGGGUGGUAUGGUCUCUGGAUAUCAUGGGUACAUGACUUCAGAAGAUGCCAAGUUCUCACUUGCAUCUGCUUCUCAGAAUAUGCAAAGUAUUGGCUAUCAAGGGAGACAGAUUGUUCGUGAAGGCCGGUUAGUUCAAGCUGUAGGGUACGGUAGAGAUGAUGAAUCCACAUUCGCACCUCCUUUGAGCCCCAGAGCCAUGCCAAUGAGUCCAAGGAGGGAUGACAUUGUGAGUAUGAUGAGUCCCAGACAUGACGACCUUAGCCCACCCAUGAGUUCUCGUAGAGACCCAUAUGACAAUAUUCCUCGGAUGAUGAGUCCUCGGAGAGACGAUUUGUCUCCACCUAUCAAUCCUAGAAGAAGAGAUUACAGUGAUAUGGGAAUGGUGGGCAGAUCGAGGAAAAACCGGGAAGAAGAGCUCUUGCGCAGUCAGGACUUCCCCAUGAGUCCAAGAAGGGGAGCUGGAUUAUCACCUCCUAUGAGUCCGAGAGUGGGAUGGGAGUAUGAAGCUGUCACUCUCAGCCCCACUCGCCUUGCCGCACCAAUGAGACCUCGCCCACUCUCUCCUCCUAGAAGUCCGAUUUGGAGAGAUGGUGCCAAGCCUCCCUCUCAGUGGGAUGUGUUACCGAGCAAACCUGCCGUUUGGAGUGGAAGUGACAGAGAAGCGAGAGUGGGGGAUAGCAGAGCGUAUGGAGCAGACAGUAUACGAGGGGCUCCGGAAAGGUUAGGUGGUGGCUAUGGCGCAGAAAUGGAUCUGAGUAGAGACGAAUUCAGAGGAUUGGGCCAAGGAUGGUCUAUGUCAAACAAGGGACACGGGACAGACGGCCUCUUCGUGAGACCGGAAGAUCAGGAUGGCCUCUUGAGGCCUCCUUCAGUUUCCGGUCCGGGUCAGAUGGGACCAAACUUUGGUGAUCAGUCCAGAGGUUACCGUGCGACGAUUGCAAGGCCCUACCCCUAUUAUUCAGUGGUUAAUCAAAGAGUAGGUCUUGUCACCAAGUACAUCGAAAGAGAGCGCGCUGAAAAAGUUGCUGCAGAAAGAGCGGCCAAAGAAAGCACGGAUGUGACCAACAGAAGGUACAACGGACACGCAGGCAACAACAAACCUUUUCGGACUGAACGUCGGGAAAAGGAUGUUAGCGCUGCGGUUAAUGGUUCCAGAAGUGUAAGCAAGAGUGAUAAGAAUGUUGGAGGUGCUUCUGAUAGGUCACUUUCACUGGUAGCUGCCAUUGAAAUGGCUACGAAGAAGAGCAGCGUGGAGAAGCCCAGUGAGAAACCGAUUGGCAGAAAGUCAACUAAUGUGGGAUCAAGUGCCGCUGGAUCCUCCGCUGUUGGGAACGGGAAUACAACACAGCAAACAACACUAGCAGUUGGAACCCCUACUGCUCCAUCCAACACUGUAGUUGGAGGUGAGAGUCCGAAAGGUCCAAAAGCUGAAGCUGGGAAGGCUACUGGAGACGCUCAAAAGAAGGAUACAGGAAAUGCCCGACCGAACGGUGUGUCAAGCAAUUCUGCGAAUGGAAAUUCUCAACCCAUUUUAAAAUCAGGAUCCAAACCUGGAGAGCCACGUGAAGCUCCUAAGCGACCAUCUUUAGUUAUGGAGAUAGAGAGGGCCAAGAAAUCACGAAUGCUAGCAGAGCGGCAGAGACAUCUUCGAGAAGUGGAGGAGACUUACUAUGAUGCAAAUGAGCUCUCAGUAGAUUUCAUAAGUAAGGUGAACAGGUCUGGAUCCCGGUAUUCACGAAUGAUUAAUGACGAUCCCUAUCUCAGAAGAAGGUAUCAGGGAGGACAGCCUGGAUUGCACUGCCUCGUUUGUGGAAAAGCUUCCAAUACCUUUUCCUCUAUCUACGACCUGCUGACACAUGCUCAAGGAUCUCAAGUUCAAAGCAAGAGGAUUGAUCACAUGGGUUUUCGCAAAGCUUUGACUGAAAUAUUGAAGCUGAACAACACGAAUAUUUCAGCUAGCAACACCAGUAUCAAGAAAGAAGAUGAACUGAUUUUAUGGCCUCCUAUCGUUUUCGUGGAGAACACACGCACGAGCCUUGGUGAAGAUAGGUGUUGGGAUGGCGUGACCAAUUCAGACAUGGCACUUCUCCUGCACGAGACUCGAGGCCCAUGCAAUCCGAUAAAGUCAUUGGACAGCACAUUGAUGUCCAAGAUCUCAAGCAGACGUUAUAGGGAAAGAGAACGCAAAGAAAGAUCACAGCUAACCUUAUACUUAAAUCACUCGCACGUCCCGGCCAAGUUAAUGUAGGGCAAAUGCACGCACAGAGGUACUGUGCAUGCGGAGUAUGAUACCCUUCACAUAGGUUACACGAAGCUGAUGAUGCCCGUACCAGUGGUCAGAGACGCAAGUGAGCGUCUCCUUUCGCUUCUAAAUGGAUCAACAGAAAGCGAACUCUAACUGAGUUCGUGGACCUUGGUGUACUUGAAAUAGCAGCUCGCUCAAAACUGCUGGUUAGGUUCAGUUCCCUUGUCUUCGAACAGAAUAUGAGCAAGAGACAUUGUUUAAGAACCUGAAUGAGCGAGAGCCGUACGCCGAGAAGGUUGGAGUAAAAGCUUCAACAGUGCUGAGAAUUGUAUGAAAUUUCAGUUCUCAAGCAAGAGGUGCACAACCCUAAACAGUGCAGAACAUGAACCUGGACUUCGGACGAUAACUUAGGUAAAGGCUAGACUCCGACUGGAUAGGCAUGCCGUGGCUGACCGAGUAAAGUAGGUAGGAACAUUUGUUUGACCUGGCGAGCGCUCGAAAUACGUUCAGAUCCUGAGCCGUGAAUUUGGCUUUUCCCAUAUCACUGGGAUGUGAAAUAGGCCUCUAUCAUAGUAUCUCCUAAAGAAGUAGUCAGUGCUGUACAUAUACAAUGCAGUCUAGUUUCCUGCUCAGAAAAUGCGCAAUCAAAGUUCACUGUCCUGCAGUUCUUGCCGCAGAUUUCCUUCUUCCUC